UUAUAUUUUUUCUUCAUGUGUCAUAUAAGAUAGGAUUUCGUGAAGCGCCGGUGGUAUUCUUGUGACGGGCUUGCGUUGGUGCGAUCGUGCGAAUAUUUGUGGUGAUUUAAAGGUGCAUUCGGAAUUAUAUUGGACUUUGGAAAUUGGCGCUUUUUUAAACCAAAAUGCCGCCUCAAGGGCAGACGACCACAUCGUCGUGGGUUCUCUACGAGAAUGACGCGACUUCAGAGGACAAGUCGGUAACGCAGGUGCCCCCCUCUGCCGAGGACCGCAAAUGGAUCAUCGUGUGGAGGAACGUCAUCCUGAUGGCCGUCCUGCAUAUUGGGGGACUGUACGGCGCCUAUCUGUUCCUUACUAAGGCUAUGUGGACGACGUGCUUUUUCGCGGUGUUCCUGUACAUCUGUUCUGGUCUCGGCAUCACAGCGGGCGCGCAUCGGCUGUGGGCCCACAAGUCCUACAAGGCGCGCCUGCCUCUGAGGAUCCUGCUCACGCUGUUUAACACCAUCGCUUUCCAGGACUCGGUGAUCGACUGGGCGCGCGACCACCGCAUGCACCACAAGUACUCUGAAACCGACGCGGAUCCUCACAACGCGACUCGAGGCUUCUUCUUCAGCCACGUGGGCUGGCUGCUGGUGCGCAAGCACCCCGAGAUCAAGAACAAAGGACACACCAUCGACAUGAGCGACCUCUGGGCCGAUCCCGUGCUGCGCUUCCAGAAGAAGAACUACUUGCUGCUGAUGCCUCUCUGCUGCUUCGUGCUGCCCACCAUGAUCCCGACCCUGUGGGGCGAGUCUCUGUGGAACGCCUACUUCGUCUGCGCUCUGUUCCGGUACACCUACGUCCUGAACGUGACCUGGCUGGUGAACUCCGCCGCGCACAAGUGGGGCGACAAGCCGUACGACAAGGACAUCAACCCCGUGGAGACCAGGCCCGUGUCGCUCGUGGUGCUCGGAGAGGGCUUCCACAACUACCACCACACCUUCCCCUGGGACUACAAGACGGCCGAGCUCGGCCACUACUCGCUCAACCUCUCCAAGCUCUUCAUCGACACCAUGUCGCUCCUCGGCAUGGCCUACGACCUGAAGACCGUGUCCCGUGACGUCAUCGAGAAGAGAGUGAAGAGGACGGGAGAUGGCUCGCACUACCUGUGGGGGUGGGACGACAAGGACGUGCCCGCGGCCGACAAGGACGGCGCCGUCAUCAUCAACCCCGACAAGACUGAGUAGACGGAACACCCAUCUCGAUAGAUCUUAGAACAAAGCUUGAGCGGGCUACGAUUUGGAGGAUAGCUUUUAGUUGCUCAUCUAGUGUAGCGAUAUUUAAGACUCCAUUGUCCAAACAAUGUGUGAUUUUAGUUGUUAGUUAAGUAGUGCAAAUUUAAUUUCAUUACCUCACGCCAAAAAUAGUCUAGCCAUUUUUUUUGUUAACAUUCAGUUUGUAGGCGUAGAUUUUUAGUUUUUACUAUUUAUUGUUUUAUGUUUUGUUUAUUUUUGUUUGGUUGUAAGAAUGAGUUUCAGAAGGACUACCUAUAACAAUAUAGAAAAUAUGAAAAUUUAUAACAUAACACAUUAACUAACAUAGUUUUGCAAUUUCACAUAUAUUAUUUGACCAUUUAUUUAUCGUAUCUGUAUUGUAAAUAGUUGCUUUUUAACCAAUAGAGUAUAUAUUUAUAUUCUUAUACAUAUGACGUGUUGUGAAUAGAACUAAAUAUUUUUAUAGUUAUAGGUAGUGUUAUAAGGUUGGGUAUGUAUUAAAUUCCUUAACCAAUAACAUCAAAGUGGUCUAAAUAAUAGAAAACACAUUUUGAUAUUUUAGAUAACAUGACAUAUUGUAUGUAAUGUGAUAUUUUAAUUAAUACAAUUAAUUAGAUAACAUUUAAAAAAAUAAAAAUAAAAACACCAAAACCAAA